AUGCGUCUCUCCCUCCUCGCCGCUUCCACGCUUGCACUCUUCGUAAGCACUAGCUUCGCAAACAGUCCAAUUGCAACAGUCAUUAUAGAGACUCCAGAUUCAGAGUCCGCGCAUUUUGCCCAAUCCUCUGAAUGUGUACCGGCCGACCCGGACGUCCAGGAUACGCCCAUAAGCCAUAUAAUAAUUGCACCAUACAGACCUGGAACUGGGAUUGAAUGUACAUUCUAUAAGGACCCUUUCUGUCGUUCAGGCCCCUCUCACUCUUACACUUUGCAUGAGGGACGCCACACGUUCAAGCGUCCAUUCCUUGUUUCGAGCUUCGAGUGUGUGGAAUCGGACGGGGAAGAUGUGUUCUUGUGA